CCCCGCCAUUCGCACCAUGAAGCCCCUGACGUGCCUGCUAGUGGUGGCUGCGCUGGCGGCGGCCUCGGCCGCGGAAGAGGCCGCGAAGGCCGAGGCCCAGCCCAGCCAGCAGCAGCAGGCGGAAGCAGACGACAAGAAGACUGACAAGCGCGGCAUCAUGAACCUGGGAUACGGCAUCCCGAUCGCAUACGGCCAAGGCCUCGGACACGGCCUCGGCCACGGCAUCCCCAUCAUGCUGAGUUCCGGCUACGGCCACGGCCUCCAGGGCCUCCACGGCCUUCAGGGGCUCGGCACCCCCAUCCUGCUGUCCGGCCUCAACGGCCAGCACGGCCAGCCCACCCACGCCAUCCUGCUGGCGGCCCCCGCCCACGGGGCCUACCAGCUUUCCGGCCUUUCCGGCCUCUCUGGGCUUUCCGGGCUGUCCGGGCUUUCCGGUCUGUCCAGCCUGUCCAGUGGCGCGCACGGCCACCACGCCCCCCAGACCGUGGUCCUCACCAAGCAUGUGCCUUACUCCAUCCCCCAGCCCGUGCCCGUGACCAUCACCAAGCACGUGCCCUACCCCGUCAAGGUGGCUGUGCCCUACCCCGUGGACCGCCCCUACGAGGUGCCCGUCCCCAAGCCCUACACCGUGGAGGUCAAGCGCCCUGUGCCCGUGCCCGUCGAGAAGCCGUACCCCGUGGAGGUCAAGGUCCCCGUGAAGGUGCCCGUGCCCGCGCCCUACCCCGUCACCGUCAACAAGCCCUACGCCGUGCACGUCGAAGUGCCGAAGCCCUACAAGGUGCCCGUCAAGGUGCCCGUCUACGUCAAGGAGCACCACGAGGAGCACUACAGCGCGCCCAGCGAGCACUACGCUAGCUCCGGCGAGCACUACAGCGCCCCCAGCGAGUCCUACGGCCAGCCCAGCGAGUCCUACGGCCCGCCGUCCGACUCCAGGUACGAGCACUCGAGCAGCAGCUACAGCGAGGACUCGUACCACCACUGAGUCAGUCUAGUCUAAGUUCACCACAUCAUCAACAUCCCUGUUGUUAUUGUUAUGUUGUUUUGUUGACUACUUUUGUAAAUAAACCUCGUUUUUACUUUGAUAUUUA